UAUACGUUCAAAGUGGGACAUAGACAUUAACUUUGAAAAUUCUUCUUUAUGAAAUCAGAUAAUAUUUUUCUUCCAAAUUAAUUAUAUUUGCUAAUUAGUGUGAGAAUAAGAUCUUAAGUUUUGCUUCACGCUGCUAUAUUUCUUUUAUCUUAAUUGUUAUUAUCAAUAAGGCCAACUCCGCAUAAAAUUUUACGUGCAAAAAUUGGAAAAUCUUACAUUUGAUUGUUUUGUUUAUUUUUUUCAGGUGAAAUUUAGGUGCGCAGAUUUUUGGUUAGAAGUAAAUAAUGAAGUAUAAUUACAUCCAAAGACUAUUAUCUCAUUUGUAUAGUCGUCUAGCAUAUCUGAUAGCGUGUCAUCCUAUUUAUUUUCUCUUAGUACCGAUGCUUUUAUCAUUCGCGCUAUCCUCAGGACUUACCAAGAUAAUCGUCUCUCGAGAUACAAAUUAUUUGUUUGUUUCACAAAGUGGAAGAUCUCAAAUCGACAAGAAAUUUAUGAAUACUUGGUAUCCCCUUAAUACUUCGUACAAUUUCGAUUUUAAAAGACUCAACGAAAAACCUAAGGCCGGUUAUUUAAUGAUAAAACCUAGAGAUGACGGCAGCAUCUUUCGCGACCACGUGUUCGAAAAAAUAAUUAUUUUAGACAAAAUAGUGAAGAAUAUAUCCAUCGAAUACGAAGGAAAAAGAUAUACGUACGAAGAAUUGUGCGCAAGAAAUGGAAAAGAAUGUGUGGAAAAUACCGUGAUGAAAUUGGUGCCAUACGUUCAUGGUAUUGCCAGUGGUGAACAUAGUGUCAAAUAUCCAGUUGAUAUGAAUACAGUGACUUAUUAUCGCACUUACUACGCUGUUAAUCUCGGUCAGGUGAAAACGGAUAAGCAAAGGAAUAUUUUGGAUGCAAAAGCCGUUAGACUGAUGUAUCCUUUAGACAUUAGUAACAAAUUUAAAUACAAAAUAGCCGUCGAGUGGGAAAGAAUGUUCAUAAAGUCGAUGAUAAACGUCACUUUUCCCGAUAUCACUAUCGAAGUAUUUGUUACUAGUUCUUUGGACGACGAAUUGAAGAGGAUUACCGAGUCAGUUUUAAAGUUGUGUCCUGUAGUUUUUGUAGUUAUACUCAUAUAUUCUAUUCUUAUAAAUAUGAGCUUCGAUUGUGUCAGAAGUAAACCUUGGUUGGGGAUUUCCGCCUGCAUUUCCGCUUCUUUGGCUUUGAUAGCAUCUUUCGGAUUUGUUAGUUAUUGCGGAGUGAAGUACGCCGAUAUAAAUAUAGCUUUACCUUUUUUAAUUUUGGGAAUCGAAGUAGAUGAUGCGUACGUGUUGAUAGCAGCGUGGAGGCGCACAAAUCCAGAAGACGGCGUACAAAAAAGGCUAGAGAACGUGUACUCCGAUGCUGCGGUGUCCAUUACUAUCACUUCUAUCACCACCUUCUUGUCAUUUUGCAUUGGAAUCACGACUCCGUACGCAGUUAUCAAAUUAUUCUCAUUCUAUGCGGCUACUGCCGUGUUUUUUGCUUUUGUUUAUCAAAUUACUUUCUUCGGUGGAUGCUUGGCUCUGAGCGGAUUUAGAGAACAAAAAAAUCUCCAUCCUUUAACCUUUCACACGUUAUCGGAAAAGUCGAAACAAAACGAAGUGGCCAUCAUGAAGAUUUUCAGAGACUAUCUUGGCAACAUUUUGGCGUUACAGAAAACUAAAAUGAUCGUUCUGGUAGUAUUCGUAAGCAACUUGGUCGUUUCGGGAUUGGGUUUAAGAACGUUAAAAGAAGGUAUGGAAUUCUCCGACAUAUUUUACUCAGACUCGGAAAUCAUAAAAGGAUUUGGCUCCUACUACAAAUACUUCACCCAAUAUCCUUUCGCAGUUAGUGUAGUUAUCAACGACGUUUUGGAUUACUCGGAUCCAAAAGUUCAAAAUCUAAUCGACGAAAUGAUUUUCAAUUUCACUUCCCAUCCCAACGUAGCCAGUCAAGAUCUAGUUAUAUCUUGGUUAAAGUAUUACAAAAUUAUAGCCCAGUCUCCGAUAGGAAUGGUGACUCUUCGAGGUUAUAACCUGUCGGAAAAAACAGAUUUUUUGGAUGGUUUAAACCGGAUCUUCCUCAAUUUCCAGCCGGCUAAAGUGUUCAGAGGAGAUAUUGUUUUUAACGAAGACAAAACUGAAAUUGUUUCCAGUCGCUUUUUAUUAGUCGCCAAGAAUGUUAAUAGUAGGACUGUAGAAAACAAACUUUUGGAAGAUCUGAGAAAAAUAGCCGACAGUUCACCCCUUCCCUUAUUGGUUUAUUCUUAUCUUUUUCCGUUUUUCGAAGAAACGCUGCUGAUACGAUCCUUAACAUUUCAGGUAGGAUGGGUGACCGCUUUGCUUCUGGUUGGAAUAUUCUUCCUCUUCUUACCCAGUCUAAAAUAUUCGCUGUGUGUGGCAGUGGCUAUCGUAUCUUCUCUCUUUUGCACCGUUGGCUAUAUGUCUCUAUGGGCCGUCAAGAUCGACAUGUUAUCUACCAUAGUGCUUAUUGUGAGUGUAGGAUUCUCCAUUAAUUACCCGGCGCAUAUCUCCUUCGCUUAUAUUGUAAAUAAGAGCAAGUGUGGCGAAGAACGUCUUAAAGAAUCUCUAUACGGAUACAGGUAUGCUUCCAUUCUAUGUUCGUUCUACCAGUUACUUUAUCGGUGAGCGACACGUUAUCUACCGAUUACUUCGCCGACAAGUUUACGAAGAAGAAAGAAAUAAAAAAUAAUUAUAAGGAAGAAGAUAUUGUAAAAUUAACGCCAUUAAUUU